ACGUGCAUCACGAAAAGUUGUUACCUCCGAGAAACCGGGGGAAGCGGGACCGGCGCUUGGAGUGCCAAGACAGCUUGUUCCAAACAAACAUUGAAGCCAUAAGGAACAUUUAAAAUAAAAAUCAAUAACAGAAUGAGCAUGUUUCCCUAGGAGACUCUUGGAAUGUAUUUUCUCAUGCCCUCUAGCCUGCUUACUUACUCACUCCUUUGAUAUUUCCACUUCAUCAAAGCAUCUUCUGUAGUGAAGGGUGCUCUCUUUGCAGAGGUGUUGUCCCAUCUGCAAGCUUCCUGGGAGAGUCAUGGGGAUCCGGGUGCUGCGUUUCUCUCUGGUGGUCAUCCUUAUGUUACUGCUAGUGGCUGGAGCUCUGACCAAUCUCCUUCCAAAUAUCAAAGAAGACAAGAUCCUCACUCUGCGCAGGGAGAUGAAACCCCAGGGCAAGUCCCCACUGGAUUCCUUUACUCUCAUUAUGCAGACGUACAACAGAACGGAUCUCUUGUUAAGACUUCUAAAUCAUUAUCAGGCAGUCCCUCACCUGCACAAAGUGAUCGUUGUGUGGAACAAUGUCGGUGAGAAGGGGCCGGAUGAGUUGUGGAACUCUCUGGGGCCACACCCUGUCCCUGUGAUCUUCAAACCGCAAACAACAAACAGAAUGAGAAAUCGAUUACAGGUCUUCCCAGAACUGGAAACCAAAGCGGUGUUAAUGGUGGAUGACGAUACACUCAUUAGUGCCCAGGAUCUUGUUUUUGCUUUCUCAGUUUGGCAGCAAUUCUCUGACCAAAUUGUAGGAUUUGUACCUCGAAAGCAUGUCUCCACUUCCUCAGGUAUCUAUAAUUAUGGUGGAUUUGAACUACAAGCACCCGGGUUGGGAAAUGGGGACCAGUACUCUAUGGUGCUGAUUGGAGCCUCGUUCUUCAAUAGCAAGUAUCUGGAACUCUUCCAAAGGCAGCCUGCAGCCCUCCAUGCUUUGAUAGACGAAACUCAGAAUUGUGAUGAUAUUGCCAUGAAUUUCAUCAUCACCAAGCACAUUGGGAAGACUUCAGGUGUAUUUGUGAAACCUGUAAAUAUGAUUAAUCUGGAAAAGGAAACCAAUGGCUAUUCCGGAAUGUGGCAUCGAGCUGAACACUUUCUGCAGAGGUCUUACUGCUUAAAUAAGCUUGUUAAUAUCUAUGAUGGCAUGCCCCUAAAAUACUCCAACAUUAUGAUAUCUCAGUUUGGUUUUCCAUAUGCCAAUCACAAAACUAAAAUGUGAAAGGAAAGCAGAGGAGAAACUUUGCACCACUAUCUUUAGAUCUCAGCCUCCUCAGUAGCUAGGAUUAUAGCCGUGAACCACCAGCAUCCAGCCAGAUGAUUGUUUUAAUGAGAAGCCUGAAAUGCCUCUUUUAUGCAAAAGCCCACAGUGUAGGGAAAAGGAAUUAAAGAAAGUUUUAACCCAAUUUAAAAAGGAAAUUUUGUUGCUCCCAGUGCAUUCCCCCAUGGCCCUUCUGAAUGUGGUUUUGAUAUAGCUAUUGGUGCUUUUAUAUUCAUUGAUUAGCCUGUUAGGAUUGAGAGUGCAAGUGUCAUAGCUCAGCAAUGUCUAGUUGUUUGCUUGAGUUGUGUCAGCAUUAAUUGCAUGAACCACUCCGAAAUGGAGAGUUUCUUAUAUGCAUCAAUGGGCAGCUAGGAAAAAAGUUAAUCACAUUUUGUUACUGAAUGUGACCUUGCUAAUGUCUAUCAAUUUAUGUUUUACCAUAAAUCCUCUAUUUAUAAACAUGUGCAAAAUAACUUCUGAAAGAAUGAUUUAAGUAAAAGCUUGCAGAAGUUAAAACCCUUAUUAGUAUCAACUUUUUAUUAAGGCUUAGGUUACCUCGUGGAUAGUAAGCAGGUAUGUGUGUAUCACACACAAAUGCUUGCAUUCAGAACAUUUUUUUCCCUGUUUCAAACAAGACCCAAGGCACUAUGCAUCCUGAUAAAGUUUCAGUUACACCAGAAGCACUGACAAGAGAGUCCCAGCAGAUAGGAGUCAGAGGCUGCCACUCACAGUUACAUGAGCUGGUGGCUUUGCCCUCCCUGGUAUCUUUU